UUGGACAUGUGACGAGGAGAGACAAUGAGAGAGCGGGAAGACAUGUGACGCCGGCAGCCAUGUGACGAAACGAGGACGGGAAGAGCUGUAUGAGAGAGUAACGGGCGCUUGAACCUUAAUAACACCUUAAUAAUGCUCCUCGCGUGCCAAGGCUGCUGCUCCGGGGAGGACUACUAUCCCUUGGAGGGGGACACAGAGGGCUACGAUGAGGAGAACCCCGGGGAAUCAGACUGCGAGGAGGACGUGAAGGGCGCGAGGGGUGGGCGUGGGGGCGAGCGGCGGUGGCGGCGUCCGAGGCUACCUGACGUGGUGCUAGCUGUUUACCUGGUGGCGUACUGGGGCUACCUGUUCCUCGGAGCGGCGUUCUUCUCCCAGAUCGAGGGGCCCCUGCAAGAGAUGAUGGCCUUGAAACUGAAGGAGAGCAGGGAGGCGUUUCUGAGGCAGUACCCGUGUGUGUCAGACUCGGCGCUGGAGGACCUCAUAGUGGAGAUCAUCACCGCCAACAACCGUGGGGUGUCAGCGGCGAAAGCACGGGGGGAACACAACUGGUCCUUCGGGCAGAGCUUCUUCUUCUCCAGCACCAUCGUCACCACCAUAGGUUACGGUCACGUGCACCCGCUGUCUGAAGGAGGCAAGAUCUUCUGCAUCAUCUACGCCAUCAUCGGGAUCCCCAUGACCUUCAUCCUCCUGACGGCGCUGGUGGAGAGACUGCUGCUGCCGACCACGUGGCUCCUCUACUGGCUCAACUCUAAGCUGGGGCAUCUCUACCAGCCGUUCAACAUUCGAGUGUUCCACCUGGCCAUCAUCGGCACCAUCACCUUCGGUCUGUUCAUGGUGGUGCCAGCCUUUAUAUUCGCCAAGCUAGAGCCGGGCUGGGACUUCCUGGACUCCCUCUAUUACUGCUUCAUCUCCCUCACCACCAUAGGCCUCGGUGACUACAUCCCUGGAGACGCCCCCAGGCAACCCAUGAGGCCCCUCUAUAAAAUCUGUAUCACUGCGUACCUACUGCUGGGUCUGACCUUCGUGAUGCUGCUGCUGCACCUCUACAAUGACAUCCCGCAGCUCAACCUUGGGCUCUUCCUGCUGCGCGGUUCUGAUGUGGCUGCAGGCGAUCCCGAGCGGAAUGAGACUCAGCGGCACGGGGGGCGUCGCUCCUAAAUACACACAGCACAACGACCAGCCAGUCCGGCAGAGUGUGAAGGUUGUCUCCCGGCCGGUGGACUCACCCAGCCCCGAGGAGGACACCACCCCCGUCCACGCCCAGAUGCCUCCCAUCAUCCCCACCAGCCAGGGCAGUGGUUAAGGUAGCCAACCACUCCUCCCUGUGUCCUGGUCUCCCCUUGCCUCCCACUCCCACUCCCUUUCUCUUGUCUUGUUUUUUCUUUCGCUCUCUUUCAAACUCGACAAAUGAUGUAUUAGAGAAAAUAUUGAAUUCUUCCAGUGCUACUCUAGGAUUGACGCUUUUCAAAACUUCAUAUUUCAAUUAAAAACCAAGAGAUGUACUAAUACAAAUUUUUGCUGUUGUGUGGUGUUGCAGACAGGUACUAAUUCAUGUAUUUUCCUAUCACUUGCAUUUAACUGUUUCUCAGAAGGAACAGAGUGGUGGAAAUGUUGCAAACUUAAAAGAAUUAAUGCUCUGCUCCACUUUUUUCGGGAGCCACAGAGAGGGUGGACCUCAGUCACGACACAAGGUUCAUGCCUCGAUGUAUUAAAGAAAGAAUAUAUAUUUAUUUUUCUGUGACAAUUAAUUAUGUUGGGUAGUUUCUUGUUUAACGGAAAUGUCAAUGUGAAAGGGAUGCUUUAUGACACACCAUUUGUCAUAGGAGUGUGAUGUGUGGGCCACUGCAGACAGUUUGUACCUUUCUUGCAUGAGGGUGAAGGCAACAAAAUAGCUAUACUUACAUGCAGACAGUUUGUACCUUUCCUGCAUGAGGGUGAAGGCAACACUUACACAAGGCAAUGGGGACUCAAAGUAUCAGAAAUUUUCAAAGUCUGGCUGCCAUGACAAUCUUGGGAACCAUACAUACCUACUCUCUGCACCUAAGUUGGAUGAAUCAAAUUAUAUUCUACAAAA